UCGCUCAUUUCUCAGGCUGCCUCCCUCUCUCCCCUCUCCUGUCUGCUUCGUGGGCUCGUUAUACAGCGAAAAUAAAUCGAGAGAAACAGUUCAGAAUAAAUAAAAAAAAUAUGGCUCUGAAACUGAACCAUAUGACCUUCCAAUCUCAGAAGUUGUCAUCUUUUGCUCAUCGUCAAUCAAGCAAUCGCAGAUCUCAGAAAGUUUUCAUGGCUCAAACUAUUCACUCCACUUCUAGAGAGAUUGAGAAUGGAAAGAAGCCAUUCUUGCCUCCACGUGAGGUACAUCUUCAGGUGACUCAUUCCAUGCCACCACAAAAGAUUGAGAUCUUCAAGUCAAUGGAGGACUGGGCUGAGAAGAACAUCUUAGUGCACCUAAAGCCAGUUGAAGACUGUUGGCAACCGAGUGAUUUUCUGCCAGACCCAGCCUCAGAAGGAUUUGAUGAGCAAGUCGAGGAGUUGAGGCAAAGAGCAAAAGAACUUCCUGACGACUAUUUUGUUGUUUUGGUUGGUGAUAUGAUCACAGAGGAAGCACUUCCAACUUACCAGACUAUGCUCAACACCCUGGAUGGAGUUCGUGACGAGACAGGAGCAAGCCUUUCUUCCUGGGCUAUAUGGACAAGAGCAUGGACUGCUGAAGAGAAUAGGCAUGGUGACCUUCUCAAUAAGUAUCUUUACCUCUCAGGGCGGGUUGACAUGAAGCAAAUCGAGAAGACAAUUCAGUACCUGAUAGGGUCUGGAAUGGAUCCUCGAACAGAAAACAGCCCCUACCUUGGUUUCAUCUACACUUCAUUUCAAGAGAGGGCAACCUUCAUUUCCCAUGGGAACACAGGCAGGCUCGCCAAGGAACAUGGGGACUUUAAACUGGGAAAGAUAUGUGGUACUAUUGCAGCGGAUGAGAAGCGCCACGAGACUGCCUACACCAAGAUUGUGGAGAAGCUCUUUGAGAUUGACCCAGAUGGCACAGUUCUGGCUCUUGCGGACAUGAUGAGGAAAAAAAUUUCAAUGCCAGCCCACUUGAUGUUCGACGGCCAGGACAACAACCUGUUUGAACACUUCUCUGCUGUUGCUCAGCGGCUUGGAGUAUACACUGCCAAGGACUAUGCUGAUAUUUUGGAAUUUUUGGUGGGAAAGUGGAAUGUAGAGAAGUUGACAGGUCUUUCCGGGGAGGGGUGCAAAGCACAAGAUUAUGUAUGUGGUCUGGCUCCGAGAAUCAGAAGGUUGGAGGAGAGAGCUCAGGGGCGGGUCAAGCAAACAUCUGCAGUUCCUUUUAGCUGGAUUUUUGAUAGAAAAAUUACGGUUUAAGUGGCAGCAUGGAAGGCUGGUAAGCUACUAUCUCCCCGCGAAUUGGGUUGGAAGUUCUACUUGAUUAGAACUUGCUGGUCACAUCCAGAUCACCUGAAAAAAAGGGCAACUGCAGUUAGCUGUGUUUGUUGUCAUUUGGCCCUUUCUCGGUUAGCUGUGUUUGUUCUCAGUUAGCUGUGUUUGUCGUCAUUUGGCCCUUUCUUUUUCCUCCUCUACCUAGAAAGAGUGUGUGUUCUUUAGUUGGUGUUUUGUGCUAGUGUGUUAUCAAGAGAACGUGGAGUGUAAGCUUAUAGUAUAAUAAAGACUUUGCUAUGUUGAUAACAUCUAAUUGUACUAGCUUUGGUGGUAAGCUUUGGUAGAGACAGGCAGCAACCAUUCACCACGAUAAUGGUUAUUUGGGGUUUGGUUUAUCUA